CCGUCAUCGAACGUUGAUUGAUACCUGUACCCCCGUCGUCCCUGUUCGAUCAUCGAUCUUUCAGUCGUAAGACUAUCGUUCGCGCGAUGUAAUAUCGCGGCUGCAAUAACGUUCCCGCAGUUGCGACAAACGUUGGGGGAUCAUAGGCGCGUGUUAUUGCAAGCGCAGCUCCGAGGAAUGCAUCGGCACACGUUUGGUGGCAGUCCAUUCCGAUCGCUAGAGCGCGAGGCAGAUAAAGACGGGCGAUCUUUCGCUUGAAAUCCUUCACAUACCAGGCUCGUCGGGGAAUGGUCAGCCUCGUGCGUGAUCGGCCGAACACUUCUGGAAGCGGCGCCGUAUUUUUUGCCGCUUCUAUGAACAUGGACGACGACGAAUAUCUGCAACCUGUUAUCACCUCGCAGGAGGAAGACAACUUUCACAAAUUGGACACGAUCCCGUACACUUUAGUCGCCCUCGUAUUUGGCGUUGCCUUGGAAAUAACUGGGAUAGCCUUUAUCUCGUUCUGGCCUGAGGAAUCAAACAAAUGCGACACAUAUUUCGUACUAUUGUAUCUCCACUGCGCCUACUGGCUCCUGGUAAUGCUGCUCGAUCAUAUUCUCAAAUCGAAACAUCAUCAUUUGAGGAUAAGCGGCUACUUGGACUUCUAUCAGUCGACUUACCCGCACAUAAGGGCUCCGUUUUUCGUCGCCUCACUUUGGAACGUCGCUUACCUUUUGCUCGCAACAAUCCUACAUCAUACGCACAAAAUGGACUAUGAGAAAUACUGCAGAGCUUCGGAGUGGCUUACGCCGAUGAACUACAUAUUGCUUCUCACCACUUUGGAGCUUUCGAUAAUCGUUCCUGUCUACGUCAAUUAUAUCAGACGAGUUAGGCGCUUCAAUCGAUUGAGACCACCACCAGAUGUCACCCGUGAGGAAUGGCUGUCGUCGUUCACCCAAGACUCGUACGCCGGUGGCGGGGAGGUUGGCUGUCAGCAGAAGGGAUCGAACUUGGCUGAAUUACUCGAGAAGCAAGCCGAUCUGAUUAGGUACUUGCGCGAUCACAAUGUUAAACUCAGCCACAGGAUGAUGAUGCUCGCGGACCAACGGAGACCCAGAGAACCGUAAUUGGCAAUUUGUUCCUUCCUUCAUGCGCGGUCGUAUGAUACGAUGUUUGAUGAAUUUAUAUAAUUUCGUUGCUUAUAUACUAAUAACGAAACAACGUUUUUCCACAAAAAUCGCCACUUCUUCUGUAGCGACGAUCGUUCACUGCCGACAAACGAGCUGUCGGCAGCAAGUGGACGUUGUUGCCGACUGUUGUGUAAAUGAACUUACUCAGCUUUGUCGCGAAUUCGUUGAAAAAUUUUGUGGUGGCAGUGUUAAAUUUCCAUCAGAGCGUUUCAAAAUUUUCUUCGACAUAUCGUUGGUUCUAAGGAGAUCGUGUCAGUACCAAUCCUCGACUUUUCCUCUCCCAGUUAUCGUUGCCGCUCCUAUGAGAACUGCAAGUGUCGAACGUUCUGCUGCUAUCUUCUUCUGAAGAUUUUUUGUCGCCGUGAAGGUUUCCUGACAUGUAAUUGUUAACCAAUUAACUGAAUUAAUUGAUGAUAGUAACUUUUUCCCCUUGCUUUGCCUCGAGUUUCAUAGGUCUUCUGAGUAGUUCCUGAAGUGGAAAAUUUUGUAACAGCGAGUAGUCGACAAUUUUUCAUGUGUGAUCAGAUAAUAAUAAUAAUAAUAAUGUAAUUCAAAAUCGAUACGGUAUGUUGUUUCAAAGGCGCUUACGGCCAUAACGCCCAAGAAUAUAAAAUACUGAGAAUAAGAGAUUACUGUGAUAUCGCCGUGAAUGUAAAUUUUACCAAUUUAAUAAAGUACGUAUCUAUAUUUUGAA